AUGAUCUCGCUAGACCAGAAUGGCGAUCCUCGAGAGCCACAUGCCCACAUAGAUAUAACAAACGAGCUUUUCAGCUCCUUGCUGUACAUCUCGGACAACAAGGUCAUUAAGGCCGAGAUGUUCAACUUGCUAGAAGGCACCAGAGCAUUGGAGAUGCUCAACCCCAAUUUGGACACAGGGUUGAUUACUCUUCUGGACGAGGAAAUCGCUUUCGAUUCCGGAAGGCCACAGCUGAUUGACUCGGUGAUUGCGGUCCAGAAUCGAUUAUUGCAUCUCUUACCCUCAUGGCUCAACAACAGCUCGCUACCGUUGACAGUUCUCAGCUGUCGCUAUGUCCAGACUUUGUUAGAAAACUAUGCAUUCUUCAGGGACGGAAGUCUCAGCCAAAGGUGCUCGCUUGUAGACAGACGCUUGCAGGGCUCACAAUGGCAACACCAUGACACCGUCAUAUCCACAGACUCUCUCGAGUAUCAGCUAGUUCACAAGGUAUUGAAGCUGUUUAUCAUAGGUCUUGCCAAAUUUGUCGGGAUCACGCUUGAUAUCGCUAUGAAUGUUCUCUAUGAAGAAGAGGAUAUCACCACGCGAACAGCUGGACUCGAUUUCCUAGGAGAAAUCUCCACGGUAGCAGUAUUGGAUGAGUUGAACCAUACUAUAGAAUGGAUCUUGGCCAGUGACAUUGAAUCAGGUGCUGAUGUCUUAAUCUCUCAGCUCAAACUCGUUCUCAGAUUGAACCAGUUGAAUUCGGUGUUCUCAUUACUGGUUCCGUUGUUUGAAGAAUCUCAAAAAGGAAUUACACCUUCUUUUGAUUUCUUAUCUGAUGGAACAGAGCUAGUAGACAAAUUAUCUUCCAUUGAGUACAACCAAAGCUGUCCUGGUGGAGCAUUCUCUAGGUUCAUACAGCUAGACAGAGAGAACAAAACCAUCCCUGUAGAAGUUUACGAGAUUGCUCCAGUAGAAGCGUGGAAAUCUAUCAGAUCGCUCUUUCAAUCUGUACAAGGAUUUGUGGUAAACUCCCAUAAGAUCUGUAACUACAAUCAGCUCAUCAACUUUCUUCGUUACGAUAUUUCAACGUCUGCAGUCGAUAUGAAUAUCAUUGCUAGGGGCAUAUUCCAGCUCUACGUGAUCAGAGACGAUCGUACCAUUUUGGGUUGUCCGAACAUUACUGUCAGUAACUAUUCCAUAGACAACAUAGAGAACGUCGUGGGUAAAAACACAGACUUGCUCUAUUUAGACGAUUCAAGUUUAUCGAGCGUCAAGCCAGAAUUGAAACACCAGCUCAAGGACAGACUCCAGCAGAUGCUCCAGGAUCUCGAAAGCUGUGUAUAUCACAAUGUAACAGUCCACGCCAGCAAUGUCUGUCGCCAGCAACAGUUAAUGUCUAAAAGCUUGGUACUCUGGGAUACUCUCCAGGUAUCGUGGGAGUCAUUUGAAGUCGAGUGCUUUCAGUUGUGCAAGAUUGGAAACGAGUUGCCUAGUGGUGACCUUGGCAUGGCUGUCAGCUCUUACGUCUACUUCACAAAACUACAGGCAAUGAUUGAUUUAGCACUUAAUGGAGUGAAUUUGGAGCUAUACAAGGACUUCGAGAUCUAUCUAAUCUACUGGUACGUAGCAUACUUGAUACAGCUUAUUGUAGAACAUCUUACUGGCCGAAUCGACUUGAUCAUCGAAGGAAAAAUCGCCUACAUCGAGAAAACGCAUCCCAAAAAGAUCAAGAAGUUUAAGGCAGGCCCCAAGAAGCAGCAAUUGAAGGAGUUGCAAUUGUACUAUCAAAAUAAAAUCCUCCCUCAGUUAGUGCAAACCCGUGACUACAACAGAAUUUUCCUUACCAACUCGCUUGUUGCCAUGAACAACUUCUUGGAUGCAAUUUGUGUGUUUUUGAUGAUAAUCUCCAAUUUGGGAAUAUGCGAUUUCAGAGAUGGACCAAAGAGUUCAUUGACAUCUAUGGAAGACAUGUUUCACUUCAGAAUGAAGCCAUGGUCUUCCAUUGGAGUACCCAGUCUUCCUACAUACGCCCAGUAUAUCAACUCGUUCAAAGCUUUGGGAUUGGACGAAGCACCAGACAAGUUCCAGUCAGCACUUUCCUUGAUAAAGGUGAUCAAAAACAAACUUCACUUAUCCAAAUCUUUGUACCAAAGCUUAUUAAAAGAUAUCGUAAAUGACGAUAGGAUAAAUAGCCAAUUCGUCCAGGACGACAACCUGAAGGUCGUCUACUGGUACGAAAGCAUUGUUAAGUGCAUCGACAGCUACAGCGAAGAAGUUGAAAAAUUUGUCGAAAUUCUUGAAAGCAACAAGAACGAUAUUCUGCAAAUCAAUUCCCACAACUACAAAUUGAAAAUCAUAAAGAGUCAUCAUAGAUAUUUCCCCAGAGUCACCGUUGAAAAGACAUUCACGUAG